AGACCAGAGCAGACAAUAGGCCCCUAAAGUGUUCCCCCUAAGUUGCUUUGAUGUUGUCCUGGUGUCUUGAUACCAAGAGGCCAGGGAUUGCAGGAAAAGGGUCUUUUUUUGUCUUCAUUCACUCCCCCCCCUCAGUUUCUGAAAUGAUUCUCCAGAAUUUCUCCUCAUAAAAAAGGAAUGAAUGUGGGACUAGCUGGUCACUCUACUCUGACCUAAAAGCUUCCUUCUGUUUGGGUGGCCAAGAUCAGUGUUGGAAAGUGCUUCUGUGUCUCGAUGUAGAGGAGAGAGCAAAUUGGACAUCUGGAGAGGUGAAGGUCGCCUUUAAGAAGGGGGUUCCUGGACUCCUCCCCUCCAGAAUGAGCACUGCCGUGUCGUGACCCUUGGGGUUUUGUGUGCCCUGGAGAUGCGAGAUUUUCCUUUGGCAGCAGGAGGCACACCCCCAGAGAAUGCUGGAGCUGCAAGGGGAAAGGACCUAUUUCCACAGCAAAGAAAAACCAAGAGGAAAAAGGCACAUAGGUUGCCAGCGCUGAAGGACGCAGCCAGCCAGCAGUGGGCGCCUGCCACUGCCCCCGGCACUGUUUCUGCUGCAGCCCGAGAGGAACUCGGUGAGCCCAUCUGUGACUGUGACUGCAAGCUCAGGAUUUCAAUCAAUGCAUUCCAGUAACCCUAAAGUGAGGAACUCUCCAUCAGGAAACACGCAGAGUAGCCCUAAGUCAAAGCAGGAGGUGAUGGUCCGUCCCCCUACAGUGAUGUCCCCAUCUGGAAACCCCCAGCUGGAUUCCAAAUUCUCCAAUCAGGGUAAACAGGGGGGCUCAGCCAGCCAAUCCCAGCCAUCCCCCUGUGACUCCAAGAGUGGGGGCCAUACCCCUAAAGCACUCCCUGGCCCAGGUGGGAGCAUGGGGCUGAAGAAUGGGGCUGGAAAUGGUGCCAAGGGCAAGGGGAAAAGGGAGCGAAGUAUUUCCGCCGACUCCUUUGAUCAGAGAGAUCCUGGGACUCCAAACGAUGACUCUGACAUUAAAGAAUGUAAUUCUGCUGACCACAUAAAGCCCCAGGAUCCCCAGCACACCCCCCACUCGAUGACUCCAUCGACUGCUACAGCCCCCAGGUCUUCCACCCCUUCCCAUGGCCAAACUACUGCCCCAGAGCCUACACCUGCUCAGAAGACUCCAGCCAAAGUGGUCUAUGUGUUUUCUACUGAGAUGGCCAAUAAAGCUGCAGAAGCUGUACUGAAGGGCCAGGUUGAAACAAUCGUCUCUUUUCACAUCCAGAACAUUUCUAACAGCAAGACAGAAAGAAGCACAGCCCCUUUGAACACACAGAUCUCUACUCAUCGGAAUGAUCCCAAGCCUCUGCCACAGCAGCCCCCAGCUGCAGCUGCCCAGGACCAGAAUUCUUCCCAGAACACCAGACUGCAGCCAACCCCACCCAUUCCAGUCCCAGCCCCAAAACCUGCCGCACCCCCUCGUCCCCUGGACCGGGAGAGUCCUGGGGUAGAAAACAAGCUGAUUCCUUCCGUAGGCAGCCCUGCCAGCUCCACUCCACUGCCGCCAGAUGGUACUGGGCCUGACUCGACGCCCAAUAAUCGAGCAGUGACCCCUGUUUCCCAGGGGAGCAAUAGCUCUGCAGCUGAUCCCAAAGCCGCCCCACCUCCACCAGUGUCCAGCGGUGAGCCCCCCACACUGGGAGAGAACCCCGACGGCCUAUCUCAGGAGCAGCUGGAGCAUCGAGAGCGCUCCUUACAAACUCUCAGAGACAUCCAGCGGAUGCUCUUCCCCGAUGAGAAAGAAUUCGCAGGAGGACAAAGUGGGGGACCCCAGCAGAGUGCUGGGGUACUGGAUGGACCUCAGAAGAAACCAGAAGGGCCAAUACAGGCCAUGAUGGCUCAAUCCCAAAGCCUAGGGAAGGGGCCUGGGCCCCGGACGGACGUGGGAGCCCCAUUUGGCCCACAAGGACACAGAGAUGUUCCGUUCUCUCCAGAUGAAAUGGUUCCACCUUCUAUGAACUCCCAGUCCGGGCCCAUAGGACCCGACCACCUGGAUCACAUGACUCCUGAGCAGAUCGCGUGGCUAAAGCUACAACAGGAGUUUUACGAAGAGAAGAGGAGGAAGCAGGAGCAAGUGGUGGUCCAGCAGUGCUCCCUGCAGGACAUGAUGGUGCAUCAACAUGGGCCCCGGGGUGUGGUUCGGGGGCCACCCCCUCCAUACCAGAUGACCCCUGGGGAGGGCUGGGCUCCUGGAGGUGCAGAGCCAUUUCCUGACGGCAUCAACAUUUCACACUCUUUGCCCCCAAGGGGCAUGACUCCCCACCCCAACAUGCCUGGAAGCCAGAUGCGCCUCCCUGGAUUCGCAGGGAUGAUCAACUCUGAAAUGGAGGGGCCAAACGUCCCCAACCCAGCCUCGAGACCAGGUCUCUCUGGAGUCAGUUGGCCAGAUGAUGUGCCAAAAAUCCCAGAUGGUCGCAACUUCCCUCCUGGUCAGGGCGUGUUCAGUGGGCCGGGCCGAGGAGAGCGCUUCCCAAACCCCCAAGGACUAUCGGAAGAGAUGUUUCAGCAGCAGCUGGCAGAGAAGCAGCUGGGGCUGCCCCCAGGCAUGAGCAUGGAAGGGAUCAGGCCUGGCCUGGAAAUGAACCGGAUGAUCCCUGGUUCACAGCGCCACAUGGAGCCAGGGAACAAUCCCAUCUUUCCUCGGAUACCAGUUGAGGGCCCCCUGAGUCCUUCCAGGGGCGACUUUGCAAAAGGCAUACCUCCGCAGAUUGGCCCUGGUCGGGAGCUUGAGUUCGGCAUGGUUCCCGGAGGGAUGAAGGGAGAUGUCAACCUGAAUGUCAGCAUGGGCUCCAACUCUCAGAUGAUACCUCAGAAGAUGAGAGAGGCUGGGGCGGGCCCCGAGGAGCUGAUGAAACUGCGUCCGGGGGGUUCGGAUGUGCUGCCUGCUCAGCAGAAAAUGGUGCCUCUUCCAUUUGGCGAGCACCCUCAGCAGGAGUAUGGCAUGGGCCCCAGGCCCUUCCUCCCCAUGUCUCAGGGUCCAGGCAACAACAGUGGCUUGCGGAAUCUCAGAGAACCAAUUGGGCCCGACCAAAGGACUAACAGCCGGCUCAGUCAUAUGCCACCACUACCUCUCAACCCUUCCAGUAACCCCACUAGCCUCAACACAGCUCCUCCAGUCCAGCGCGGCCUGGGGCGGAAGCCCUUGGAUAUCUCUGUGCCAGGCAGCCAGGUGCACUCUCCCGGCAUGAACCCCCUGAAAUCUCCCACCAUGCAUCAAGUCCAGUCACCGAUGUUGGGCUCACCCUCGGGGAACCUCAAGUCGCCCCAGACACCGUCGCAGCUGGCAGGCAUGCUGGCGGGCCCAGCUGCUGCUGCUUCCAUUAAAUCUCCCCCUGUCUUGGGGUCUGCUGCUGCUUCACCCGUUCACCUCAAAUCUCCCUCACUUCCUGCCCCGUCGCCUGGAUGGACUUCCUCUCCAAAACCUCCCCUUCAGAGUCCUGGGAUCCCACCAAACCACAAAGCUCCCCUCACCAUGGCCUCCCCAGCCAUGCUGGGCAGUGUAGAGUCAGGUGGCCCCCCGCCUCCUACAGCCAGUCAGCCCGCCUCUGUGACUAUCCCUGGGAGUCUUCCCUCUAGCACACCAUACACCAUGCCUCCGGAGCCAACCCUCUCCCAGAACCCACUCUCUAUUAUGAUGUCUCGAAUGUCCAAGUUUGCAAUGCCCAGUUCCACCCCAUUGUACCACGAUGCCAUCAAGACCGUGGCCAGCUCGGAUGACGACUCCCCUCCAGCUCGUUCUCCCAACUUGCCAUCAAUGAAUAACAUGCCAGGAAUGGGCAUUAACACACAGAAUCCUCGAAUUUCAGGUCCCAACCCUGUGGUUCCGAUGCCAACUCUCAGCCCAAUGGGAAUGACCCAGCCGCUUUCUCACUCCAAUCAGAUGCCCUCUCCUAAUGCCAUGGGACCUAACAUACCUCCUCAUGGGGUCCCCAUGGGGCCUGGCUUGAUGUCACACAAUCCUAUCAUGGGGCAUGGGUCCCAGGAGCCUCCAAUGGUACCUCAAGGACGCAUGGGUUUUCCCCAGGGCUUCCCUCCAGUGCAGUCUCCUCCACAGCAGGUUCCAUUUCCUCACAAUGGCCCCAGCGGAGGGCAGGGCAACUUCCCUGGAGGGAUGGGUUUCCCAGGAGAAGGCCCCCUGGGCCGUCCUGGCAACCUGCCCCAAAGUUCAGCAGAUGCAGCACUUUGCAAGCCUGGAGGCCCAGGCGGCCCUGACUCCUUCACUGUCCUGGGGAACAGUAUGCCUUCCGUGUUUACAGACCCCGAUCUGCAGGAGGUCAUCCGCCCUGGAGCCACCGGCAUCCCCGAGUUUGAUUUGUCUCGCAUUAUUCCAUCUGAGAAGCCUAGCCAGACACUGCAAUAUUUCCCUCGAGGAGAAGUUCCAGGCCGCAAACAACCACAGGGGCCUGGACCGGGGUUUUCGCACAUGCAAGGGAUGAUGGGCGAACAGGCCCCCAGGAUGGGACUCACGUUGCCUGGUAUGGGAGGUCCAGGGCCAGUGGGAACUCCAGACAUCCCUCUUGGUACAGCGCCAUCCAUGCCAGGCCACAGCCCAAUGAGACCACCAGCCUUUCUUCAGCAAGGCAUGAUGGGACCUCACCAUCGGAUGAUGUCACCAGCACAAUCGACAAUGCCUGGCCAGCCCACCCUGAUGAGCAAUCCAGCUGCCGCUGUGGGCAUGCUUCCUGGCAAGGAUCGGGGGCCUGCAGGGCUCUAUACCCAUCCUGGGCCUGUGGGCUCCCCAGGCAUGAUGAUGUCCAUGCAGGGUAUGAUGGGACCCCAACAGAACAUCAUGAUCCCCCCGCAGAUGAGGCCCCGGGGCAUGGCUGCUGACGUGGGCAUGGGGGGGUUCAGCCAAGGACCUGGCAACCCAGGAAACAUGAUGUUUUAAGCUGCUAAGAUUGGAUGUGCCGACCCUUGUCAAAAUGAGAUUCCAGGUCCUGAGAGCUGCGUGGUGUGGAGUUCCAGGAAGACUCACCAUUGGUCAUGCAAUAGGCGAACAGAGACCCGAGGGCUGCUUUGGGGGAGGGGGGCGCUCGAGAAUGUAUGGAUUUACCUGAAAAAAAAAAUGAUUCAUUUAAUCAACAGGUGUGGUUUUUUUUUAAGAUUUAUUUUUAAGAAAUUAUUUUUGUGGACUUGGGUAUCCCAUGAUGGCACCUCCUUUUGGGGACCUGUAAGCCGUGCUCUGAGAAUUGCCAUCGGUCACGUGUUGCACCGUUCUCUGUAUGUUUACGUCUUCUGGACUGGCUUCUCCCAGGAUUCUUUUGUGUUUUUGAUUUGGGCUUUUGUUUCUGUUUUUGUUUUUGGUGUACUGUACUAUAUUGUAAAAGGGAUUUUAGCAGAGACUUUAGUCUGUGGGGCAGGAGGGGAGCAGCAGUGCCGUGCUGUUGACUGGAGGUGGAGAAUCCAUCUUCAGACCUUUGGACUAUUUUCUUUCAAACUCCAGUGUAUAGAAAAAAAAAAAAAAAACAAAAAAACAAAAACCAAACUACGACCUCAGAGCAGAGUAUUAAUGAAAAGCACAAAAAAAGGAACUAAGUUCAGCGCGGGGAGGGUGGGGAGGGGGGAAGGUUUUCUUUUUAAACAUAAUGAAGCUUAUUUAGGACAUUGGUUUCUCAGUUCAAGUGCUCUUCAGCACUUCCGUCUCCCCCCAGUGGACGAGCCCACCGUGACAUUUCUCUCACAUUCGCCUUUCAAACCCUGACCCAGGUCCCUGUUCAAGUGUGUUUCCUUCCCGUGUGGCACCCCGCGCCCCCACGGGUGACCCCCACUCCCGCUUCUCCUUUUCCCUUCGGCAGCUGCACUACACGGUGUGAAUUUCGGGGAAAGAACUAGCGAAGCGUCGCCUCCCCGGCCCAACGAUAUCCAGCCCCCGCAGGGAACGGUCUGUCCUUGGGAUGCUCUCUGGUCCUCCUUGCCCCUUAGUCUUCUCUCCCCUCCACAUGCUCUACCCUGCCCACCUUGUCUUCUGUUCUCCUUUUAUUAGGAAUUGCCCCCAGUGAAUUUUUAUCCGUGUGGGAGUGGAACAGAUGCUCAAAGCUAUCCAGGAUUUUGUUUUACUGUUCUCAAUUUUUGUGGUCCUUCCCUCCCUUCUCCCUCCCAUGCGUAAAACGUUCUGUGUAACCUCCAUUAAAUUUGGUACAAAACCACUCGCCAGAGCUGUGGUGUCAGAAAAAUAAAAUAUAUUGUUUCUUACAAAACUGAA